GAAACACAAACAAAUAGGCUUUUGCUGUAUGUUGUUUUGCACAUACAUACUCACGGACAGAAAAACAAUAUACAACACAAACGAGUUUUUGAGGGUGAAACGUUCGAAUCGUAUUUGAGAGUCUUUAAAAUGAGUGUUGCAGAGAGAACUUGUAGAACCUGUGGCAAAGCAUCAGAGACCAUAGAGGAUCCCAAACUCUUUCCACUUUUCGAAGAAAAGCCAUCAGAUUAUGAGAAUGAGCUGAAAAUAAUUCAAGAAGAAUUUGAGAUAUGGAAUUUGGAUAUAGCAGAAAACGAUGGUUUACCUCAACAAAUUUGCCUCAAUUGUUUCGAUAGUUUUUGCCAAAUUCAUAAUUUCCGUGCAAUGUGCAUGGAAUCACAAAUGAAUUUCAGCGAAUUGUGUACGGGUUUGGAUAUAUUUAUAAUUGAUGAAAAAACCGAAGAAAAUUAUGAUAAUGAAUUUGCGGAAAAUAUACAAAUACAAGAGCAUUACACAUUUCCUGGUGAUAAAUACAAAAUUAAACCAUCUACUUCUCCAUUACCUUUACCACCGACGGACACAAAUGAUGACACAUUUAAAGAACUUCUUGAUUUUGAUAUAGAUGAUUCAAAACCUGAACUUCUCAAUGAAGAGAAUGAAAAGGAUAAAUCAAAUGAUCAAAUUCCUGAAUGUAAAGUCUUCAUCUGUGAAUAUUGUAUGGAAAUUGUAAGUUUCGAUGAUCCUGAUUUGCUGAAUGAUCAUUACAAUAAAUUACAUUCAACGGAUAUGCCCUAUCCCUGUCCCAAAUGCGACAAAUUCUUUGAUACAAAAGCCAAACGAAAUAGUCAUGCGAGAGUGCAUUAUGAUGAAUUAAUGGAAUGCGAAAAAUGUGGGAAAAAAAUUAAAGGUGACAAAAAACUUAUGUGGCAACAUUAUGAAAAUAGUCAUGUGGAAAAAGAUCGUCAAUGUCCUAUUUGUAAUAAAAAAUUUAAAAUGGUCCCUCUAAAAAGACUCAAUUAUCAUUUGCUUUGGCACAAUGAUUCAAGAUUACACAAAUGCAAAUAUUGUGAGAAGAAGUUCAUUCAAAGCACACAUUUGGCUGUCCACGAGAAAACACAUACCGGAGAAAGUCCAUUUAAAUGUCUACAUUGUUCAAUGACAUUUAAAAAUGCACAUCUUCUUAAUUGCCAUAGUCAAGUGCAUGGAACCAGGAAAUUUCAAUGUAAUCAAUGUCCUAGAAAGUUUUUCAAUCGUCAUGGUAUGAAUAUGCACAUGCGAACUCAUGGUGAUGAAAUUAAUAAACAUCCACGUUGUGAGAUAUGCAAUAAGCAAUAUCGUUCGAAAAUGAAUUUCCGUUUGCACAAUUACAAGAAGCAUGGUGCUGAACCUACAGAAGCAAUGCUUAAAGUUUUGAAAACACAACAAGAAAAACGCCCCAUUAUCAAACCAUAUAAAUGUCCUGAUUGUCCACAGACCUUUGUAUUGCAUACACAAUUAGUUAAGCAUUCGAAAACUCACACUGAGAAUAGGCCGUAUUCAUGUAAAAUAUGUUUGAAGGCUUUCAAACGACCAGCCCAUUUGAAAUUGCACAUGGAUUCGUUGCAUUUGAAAAAGAAACCACACAAAUGUUUGAUAUGCGGUUGGGGUUUCCCACAAAGAGCUAAUUUAACAGAACAUAUGGCUGCUAAACAUGGAGAUACAAAAGAUUUCAAAUGUGAUAAAUGUCCAAAGGAAUUUGCAACUAUAAAAUCUCUAAAAGUUCAUAAGAAAAUGCAUAAUGAGAAAAAUCCAUUUGUUUGUAAUAUUUGUAAUAAAGGCUUUAAGAUGUUGACUUUCCUAAAAACCCAUAUGCAUGGUCAUUUGCGGAGAAAGGAAGCCGACGUUGAAGCAGGUGAUAUAACGGAUAUUUUUGUUGAGGAAAACAUGCAAGAUCACAAAUCGGAUGAAGCAAAAACUGAUUUAGAAGAUUCAAAUUAGGAUGUACAUAUCUUACAGAAGAAAAAUUUAGAGAUACAAAAUUGUACAUUGUAGAAAAGUCUAGCCUUUACCCGGUUUCAGCGCAGACCACCUGAAUUUAUAUUCUAAAUUUUUAGAGGUUUUGAUGGGUCACAUUUCAUAAAAAAGUUCAGUUGCAUUUGGUUCUGACAAAUCAGACUAUCCGAAAAUUCAGAACUUAAGUUCAGGUGGCCUGCCUUGAUCUGGGUCAUUGAACUAAACGAGAAUUUAAAGAAGAUUAAUCUGGCAGAUAUGUGAGUACCCAAAGAGCUUAA